UAAUCCCCAGUCGGCCAGCAGCAUUUUAGCAGUAGAACACACUUAACCAGUAGUGUCGGUGCAGCUCUAACACACAUUCAUAUAUAUAUAUAUAUAAAUAUAAAUAAAUAUAUUAUAUAUCAUAUUAUUAUACAUUAUUAACUUAUAAUAUAUAAUUUUUUUUGUAAAAAAAAAAAAAUAUUAAUAAUAAUUUAGCUGACCUAUUUUCGUUACUGUUUUCCACAAUACAUUACUAUAAAAUAUAAUAAUAUACAUCGAGUUCAUCAUGCGAUACAAUUCACGUGCUUAGCAUAAAAUCGUUGUCGUGUCUUCUCUCUCCUGCGAGGAUUACGCGUCGUUUUCAAAUUCGUACGUAAAACAAAUUACAAUUGACGCUAUAACGAUCCGAUUAAAUACCACACAACACAUUGUUAUAAACGCAUAAUAUUAUACUAGUAUUGUUGUUGUUAUUAUUAUAACUGUCGUCAUCCACUCCCGCCUUAUAUUGUAAUAAUUAUACAUAUUUUUAGUCGUAUCGUAGAUGACAUAAACUGUAUAGUAUUAACAAUAAAAGUAUCAAUAUAAUAAAAUUUAAUUACAUAAUACAUAGAGUACCUCGAUUAGUGACACUCAUCAAUAUAAGUAAAUAAGCCGCGCGAAAGAAGCUGAUAUAUCCGCUACGAUAGUGCCGUAGGUAAAGCUUGCCGUCUAAGUCGUUCAAACAGCUUUCAAAAUUAACCGUUCACGAGAAAGGGGUAUGGGCAAAGGAGAUAAAAAACCAACGUCCCAGAAUAGCGUUCUUCCAUACACUGUACGGAGUUGAAGGGAUCACCAAAAUAAAUAAUGGAAUCCUCGGCAAUACUCCAGUUGCAUUACCUACUUUUCAGAAUUAGAAGACUAGCUGGCUCGAAUAUUGUGGGCAAGUUUACUCAGAGUGUCAGGCGAAUAGUACAAGACGUCAAGGACGAAGGCACCGCCAGUGGCCAGACCAAAGAAGAAGUAAUAGAAACAAAUGAAAGAUUGAGAGCUGUACGAAUUCGUUUGGAAGAAUCCUAUGAUACGGCUAAAAAGUCACUCAUUACACUAAUGACUAAGUAUACAGAGAGUAAGUCAACACGAAAUGUCUUCCAAAGGUAUAAUCUCCUGAAGGCCAUGAUUAAGGAAGUUAUCCGGUUGGAAACACAAUAUUGGACGCUGGUAGAGAUACCCAAACAAGAGAAACAAGAGACGGUACCGUCAUUCGUGCUCAGGGCGUGUGGAAUUGUGGAAAAAUCUCAAAAGUCGGGUGAAGGUGUCAAGUCUACGGCUAAAAUAGCUGAAGACGACGAAAAGAAACGAGAACGCAUUGAUAGACUUUGCGACAUGACGACGGCUCAAAUUGAAGCAGAGAAUACACAAAUGACUAACGACCUUUACCGAUUGUUAAAGAAAUACACAGGCCUAAGAAAUCUUAUAAGAGAACUCAAGGUAGAAUAUGUCAACUCAAAAGUGUACCCGAUAUUUCCACGCUACAAUAUACUGAAAGACUUAAUAAAGGACAUCAUGCAUCAUCAGGAAUACAUGGAAGUUUGCCACGAAGUUGAUGCCGUGUAACGCGGGACGAAGAAGGACGACGCACAAUUUUUUUUUUUUAUACGCACACAUAUAAAUUAAAUACAAAAAAUGAACGAACACACGGCAUUUAUUUGAAUUUAUGACCGACGAACAAAAUAAAAUCGGAGCGUUGUGUACUAGUGUCUAAUAUAUUUUCGUGUGUAAAUGUGAGCAAGUGAGUGGUAUAAUUUGUAUAUGUGCAUGAGAGUGAGUGCGUGUGUGUGCGUGUGUAUUGUGUGUGUGUGUGUGUGUGUGUGUGUGUGUGUGUGUGUGUGUGUGUGUGUGUGUGUGUGUGCGUGCGUGCGUGUGUGAGUGUGUGAGUGUGCGUGUAUGUGCGAGUGAAUGUGUCUUUUUUUUAUCUGAAUCGUGCCAAGUUACAUUUUUCCUGCGUACUUUUCGUUAUUUAAAUAAUAAUAUUAUGUUUCCACGAAAAUUUGAAGAUACCUAUGGGUAUCGUCACGUUUGCUUUUAUCGCAUUUUACCAUUAUCGACGGGAAAGUUCGAUGUCUCAUUUUCGUUAUUUUCCCCGAGAAAAACCAGUCUUACGACGUUUUUCCAUAUUAUUUCCCUUUCCGUCACUGCUAUAUUCUAUUAUAUAUUCAUCAGCUGAUAUCCGAAUAAUAUUAAUAUUAUUUACGCUAUGUUUAAGUCGAUAUAAAAUAUUAUGCCUACUUAUAAUGAUGACUAAUUACUUAUACGCGAUAUAUUAUAUUAUAUUAAUUAAUCAUGUAAUUACAUUAUAUUUAAUUAAUUUAAAAUUUAAAAUUGAUAAAAAAAAAAUUGAAUUUUUGAAGAAAAAAAACUUAAGUCUGUUAUAUACAAUCGUAUAUAUACCGUGUAAACUCGAAGGCGUUUCGUGGUGUAAUCAUAUAUAUUAUAAUAUAUUAUAAGGACAAUUUUUUUUUUUUUGGAAAACGAAAAAACGCUUAAUCAUAAUAUUAUGUAAUAAUAAUAAUAAUAUAUACCUACUAUAAUACUAUGUUGUGAUCUUCCGUACCCCGUCGGACGUUUAGAAUAUUUUAUACGCAUCACGCAUGGAUUAUGACAUUGUACUGCGCGCAGUUAUUGAUAAUAAUUCGGCGGCGAGGAGACGUGAACGUACAGGCUUAAUACGAUGAUUAGAACAGGCUUCCCCGCGUGUCCCCUGUAAAUAUAUAUUGUAAGAAAAACAAAUAAAAUCAAGCGCGUUUUUAAAUAUUAUUACAUGCUUGAUCCGUGCCCCGGAAUCGUGUGGUAUGCACGUGAUCGUUAUACGGACAAUAUUACUAAUAUGCCUAUAGUGAGCUCCAUAACAAUAAUAGUAUUCGAGUCAGUGACGCAAACCAGAUAUUAACGAGGGGGGCUCGAUCGCACCAUACCUCAUCGAUAACAAUGUUUCUUCCGGCGGACACACGUCAACGGUUACGAUUUUGUUUACGAACUUACUGUGUCGCACACGUCAGGAGCAGCGGAGUAGGCCACUAAACUUGCACCGAAAACCCUGUCCGCUGUGUUUGUACAACAGUGACCGUGUCGAAUUGAAUCCACGAUUUGUUAAACAUGCGUUCGAUAUACAUUAUUUUAUUUUGUGCUGUUGUAGCCAGUUGGUUUUUUUCUUUCUUUCUUUCUCCCGUUCUUUUUAUAUCGGUGAUAUUUUGUGCAUGUGCCAUUUCAACUAUAUAUGCCUAGGUAUUAUAUUAAUAAGUUUACAACAAAUUUCGUAAAAAAAACGAAACAAUUGACAAACUUGCAAAACGCAUUAGAUGAACUUAUAAAACAUAUGAAAAAAACCUACUUAAAAAAAAAUAUAUCAUCAUUUUAUACAUUUACUUACUUCCUUUAUUCAUUCAUAGGUAUUUUGCAAAUAGGUAUGUAUAAUUUAUUUGAUUUACCACAAAAAUAAAAUUGUAUUGUUUUAUCAUAAAUUUAUUGAUAUGAUAUUAAUCGUACUAUAUUUAAGUGUUACCCAAUUUUACGAAUACAAUACUAUAUGAUAAUAUAUUAUAUAUAAAUUGUAUACAUAAAGUGACAUAUUUAUGACACUCAUCACAAAUAGUUGGUAAUUUUUCUAUUAGUUGUUGUUCAUAUCAAAUUUAAUUAUAACCGUAUUGCCAUUUAAAGAGCUCAAUUUACCUUCUUUCCCACUUAAAAUAAUUUCCUAUUUUGUGCAAAUUAAUCAUAAUCAAAAAUUGAAUAAAUACUAUACACAUGCGCACAUGCAAACCGUGGUUACUCUAUCCUACAUUUUGGUGAUCUCUAUUUGAAGUAAAUGAAAUUUAGAGAACCAUUAUCUGCGGCAUACGUAGGAAUGUGUAGAAUACUUUAAUUAAUAUUAACAUUGGAAAAAUUACCCGACAAUUACGGAUAUUGCAUAUUGUAAUAUAAAAUUCAACAUUCCGACUCGUAUGACAUUAACCAGCUACAUGAAGCCUCCUUCGACCUAUCUACAAUAACAUACCUAUAUGUAUUAUUAAAUAGGUAGUCAUUAUCAAUCCCUGGUAAUAAUAAGGUUCAUGGGCCAUGUUUUUAAUACAAAUAAUAUCAAAGAAAUAUUGUUAUCGACCAUAAAGACAUAUCGUUUUUCUUUUUAAUGUAAAAAAAAAAAUUCCAAACGUAAUAAAACCCCACACAUACCACCACCGUUGUUCUAUUCGACGUAAUUCCAAAAAAAAAAAAAUAAUAAUAAUAACAUUUGUUUUAAAAUAAUUAAUUAUUAUGUUAUUACCUACUAUUAUUAUAAUAUUGAGUUUGUACACGAAUUUUUGUUAAUAUUUAUUAUUUAAUAACUAUUAUUAUAUUAUUUACUGAACACGAUGACUGUUAUUGUUGAUUAUAUUGAUAAUAUGAUAUUAUUAUGCUUUACUUCGGAAAUGUACUCGUAUAUCGUAUUUGCCAUUUGGUACGUAAUAUAUUAUAAUAACUAAACUAGUACUUAGAACUAUAUAUUGUAUAAUAAGUAAAUAAAUUGUAAACGUGGUGAUAUUUUCUUACGUUGAAGUAAGAAAAUCCCACUUAGUUAUUCCUUUGUUUUAUUUCGGUUGUGCCUAUAUAGAAUAUAAUAUAGUUUAGUAUUAAUCUAGUCGAACAAUCUUGUUUAACACGUAAUUAGUUGUUUAGCAUAACAUUGUUAUCUGCUCGAGCUAUUGAUUAUUGUUGUUUAUAUUGUUAAGUUUUCUUAAUUUAUACUACCAUACGUCUAGUAAUAAUAAUAAUAAUAAUAUUAAUAACUUAUACUAAUACUAAUAAAUGAUAAUCUUUAUUAUAGUGAUUCGAUUAAACUGAUACAUUAUUAUAGAGUGAAUAUUCAAUAUAAGUACUUAAUAUGGAACUGUAGGAAUUUGGUUAUUUUGUCAUUUUUGUUUCGGACCAAAUUAUUGUAUAUAACAAUAAUCAUCGUCUUUUUUGUUUUAAUUGAGACAAUAACUUUGAACGACACAAGCCGAAUACAUUUUACAAUCAAUUGAUCUAUCCGUAUACAUGUUAAAAUGAGUAACGAGUAACGACCCAAAAAGAAUGACGUCACUAAAAAAAAAAAUAGUAAUAUAAUAACAGAAGCGUCUUUUACAUAGGUUAGGUAUGCAUUGCAUACUGCCAAAGUGCAAAGAUUGACAUAAUAUUAUGCUUCUGUGGUUUUUUACUUUUCAGUACUUGUUUAUUAUGAACAGAUUUCUUACAUUUAUUUCAAUGGCGUCAUUUAUUGGUACCUAAUACAAUAUACCAACUUCAUAUUUUUUUCCAAUAAUGGUUGAACCAAAAUCCUUUUAAGACAAGAUAAUAUCUAAUAUACCUACUAUUGAAAUAAACAUAAUAAUAUAUUAUUUUAAUACUACAUAAUAUAAAUAAUACAUUUAUACAAUUAGGUGCCUUUCUAGUACGCUCGUUACACAGUGUUUUUUUCUAUUUAAAUAAUGAGCUUAGUAACAUGUAAAUAAGCUUUAUAAGCUAAUAAACUUUACAGGAACAUUAAUAAGUAUUCAUUUUUAUUAAAUAAAUUAUGCUACUAUAAAAUUUAAAAAAAUUUAUAAAUAAUUUGUCGUCUUCAUCGCGCGCUAAUUGAUUUUUACGUUCUAACGUACCUAAACUUAAUAUAAAAUACUUGCCACUGUAUUUACUAUUUAUAUCUAAAAUGGAAUAUAUUGUAAAUUAGUAAAGAUAACAAAGAUUAUUGAAAAAUAACCAUGUUGGUCUGCAUGUUUAUAUCAAUAAUCAAUAAUGUAAUAUUUAUCUGAUAAAUAAUAAAAUCAAUGUUAAUCAGUAUUUUUAGUCUGUCUCUUUUAUCCUUGUUCUUAUUGUGAUUUUUGGCGAUUUGCUAAUAUUAUUAUAUUUUACGUUUAAUAUUAUUAUCAUAAUAUAUUAUUAAUUUAUGUAUACAUAUAUUAUAUAGGUAUAUAUAAAUAAUUAUUAAAUAUAUAUAUAUAAAUAAUGCAUAUUUUAAAAUAAUAAAUAACAUUUGAGUUUUAUACAUUUACCCAAAAUAAAUUAACGCUGUUGAUAA